GUCAGACGCAAGAGAGAGAGUGGGGAAAAACCGAGAGCAUAUGAAUAUUAUACGCGCAUUAUGCAGCAUCAUCAUCUUGAUCAACUUGGCAGUACCACUGGCAAGGGUGCACGCAGGUACCACUCCUCCAACCGUAUUAGAAAGCAAGAGAUUAUGCAACCAGUGCUCCAAAUGUGACACCAAAACGUGUCCACCAAGCGAAGCCUACCCUCACAUGACAGCUUUUGAUAACACCCUCGUUGCUGGUGCAUUGCAGUCUGACUAUGUUAAUGCAAGUGACAGAGGAGUUUACUCGGUCCCAAACAUUGUUGGUGGCGAGUCUGCACAGUAUAAUGCCUAUUUUGGAUGGAAAUCUACCUCUGGCUCGGCUUCUGGCUAUCACCGGUUCACUAACUACAUGGAUAAAUGCUCAGGAGGAGAGAACUACCUCACAGUCAGCAAGCACGACAAAGUGAGCCUCCAGUCCUUAACUUCAUUGGAAAGCUUGGCGUUUGCAGAUUGGAAAUCAAUAGCCCCACCCAAGCGACUGAACCAUAGGGAGUUCAGAUUCUGGGUCUCUCGCGGUACAGGAAAAUGCCUGACCGUGUUCGGAGGGAAUUCAAAGAAACGGACGGUGGGUGUAGCCGACUGCAAGUUUGAUGGAGCAAACAAGGGCCAACUGUUCGCUUUUCGAUUUCAUUACCACAACUCUUUUUGUUGUUGUGGUCACCACAACAAAUAAGUUACUUCUGUAACCUGAAAAAAGUCAUUGCAGGCUGAUCCUACUACUCCUAGUGAAAUAACAAAUUUCACUUCUAUAUGUCAUAAUCAUUUUGUAACAUUAAUCAAUAAACUCCUCUUGAAAACAAUUUACAAAGAA